ACCGUUGAUAUCAUUAGGGUCCCACCGUCUCCGACCGACCCAGAUAAAUACUCAACCCUUAAAAUCAAUCCAAAGCAGCACUGUCACUAGCCUUCAUUCAUUCAAGCACGCUCUCUCGCUCCUCCUCUCAAGAAUUCUUCUCUCGGUUUUGCUAAUUUAGGCCAACUCAUCUGUGCAUUGAAGAUUUUCGAUGGGGCGUAAUGUGUCCGAUCGGUCAGAAUCACCAGUCAGGGGACGGGGGUCUCCUCGCAGGAAGAGCCCCUCUAGGAGAGAACGAUCUCCUAUGCGACAUAGGAGCUCCCGCAAGGAUGGAUCUCCAGCAAAAGAGAAGCUUUCUAGUCGAGCUAGGUCUCCAAAGCAUGAAAAGUUAAGCUCUCCAGUUGCACGCUCCCCUUCUCCCCGUACAAAACGUUUGAGGAGGGCCCAAGUGGAAAGAGAGGCUGAGAGAGCUACUGACAGAGGACGUGAAAAGAACCAUGGCAAGGAAUAUGAUCGGGGUUCGCAUAGAGAAAAAGGCGCAGACAGGGAAAAUGGGAGUGGGGGAAAGGAGAAAAGGUCAGGAAGGGAGGAAAUUGAUUAUAAGUCAUCUAGGUCAAGACAUGGUCAUUCUCCUUCUCCUUCAGAUCGGCACCACAGGAGCAGGCAUAAAUCUCGCUCACCUCAACGAGCUGCUGAGACCAGAGAACGUGAUGAGGAUAGAAACUCAAGGGGAGCUGAAUACCGGGAUGAUGACGAUGAUUCGCUGGCUAAAAUGAAGGCUGCUGAGGAGGCCUUGGCGGCAAAGCAAAAGCAACAACCUUCAUUUGAGCUCUCUGGAAAGCUUGCUGCGGAAACCAAUAGAGUUCGAGGUAUAACAUUGCUGUUCACUGAACCCCCUGAAGCUCGAAAGCCAGAUACUAGAUGGCGACUUUAUGUUUUCAAGGGAGGUGAAGUGCUGAAUGAGCCCCUUUACAUACAUCGUCAAAGCUGUUACCUUUUUGGGAGGGAAAGAAGGGUAGCAGACAUUCCGACAGACCACCCAUCCUGCAGCAAGCAACACGCUGUCAUUCAAUUCCGGCAAGUGGAAAAGGAGCAGCCUGAUGGUACAUUAACCAAGCAAGCAAGGCCUUACAUAAUGGAUCUUGGAAGCACAAAUAAAACUUUCAUUAACGCCGUGAGUAUGUACUGCUGCAUGAGAACUCAGCUACGUGAAGAGCGUUUAUUCACUCCACCAGUAUGUUUCCCCGUCGUCCUUCUGUGGGAAAUAUGGGAACUUUUCUUUCUCUGUAUUUCCUUUGUUAGUGGGCAUAACAGAUUUCAUCAUCGGGUUCAUUUUACCUCAUUUUGGAUUGGGAAGGUUUGUAGAACGGAAGGCCUGAAUUUAGAAUUGGUAUUUUCUGGACUAACAUGUGCAUUUAUUAUUUUCCCUAUAUCAGUUUUUCCCCACUCAUACCUUGUUGGUUCCAGUAAAUGUGCGAAUGCUGGUACACUCAGUUUACAUCAUUUAAUUUUCGGCUUUACCAUCUGGUUUUACAAUGGAAUGAAUUCAAGCAGUGUUCUUCAUAAUCUUUGUUUUAUAUAGGUUUGCCCUAUCCUUUUUCUUGAACAACUGGGGAAUUGAUUCCUCUUAGCCACCUGAUAAGGGCUGUGAUGUUCAUUUAGUUACUUUUGGAAUGAUUGAAGUGCUGAGGUAGCGGAUCUGAGCUCCUUUGAC